AUGUCUGCAACAGUCGCAACUCCACGCCCCACCGUCCUCAUUGUCGGAGCAGGUCUGGGAGGCGUUGUGCUCGGUGCCCUACUGGAGAGGGCUAACAUCCCCUAUGCCAUUUUCGAGCGUGCCUCCACAGUCAAGCCCCUUGGGUCCGCCAUGAGCCUUGCUGGACAGAUGAUGUACCUGUUCCGCCAAUUGGGUAUCGACGAAAAGUUCGUUGCAAUGUCAAAGUACUCUCGAUUCGGGAAUUUUAGACAUGAGGACGGCACACCCAUCCCUCCAGCGGAUUUUAUUGCUAUGGAAGAAUAUAAACGCAUACUCACAAUCAAGGAGGUGGACGACAAGGUCAAGAUCCAGGCUGCUGACAACUCUGUUUAUGAGGGUGAUAUCCUUGUAGGAGCUGAUGGAGCUUACAGUGCCGUCCGUCAGCAACUGUACAACAGACUCAAGAAGGAAGGGACCUUGCCCAAGUCUGACCAUGAAGACCUCCCCUUCAGCUGCACUUGUUUGGUGGGACAAACUGACCCUUUGGAUCUCGAGGAGUACCCUGAGCUCAAGAACCCCAAGGAACCCUUUGUCACCACCUUUGCAAGAGAUAAGCCAUUCACUUGGACCAUUUUCUCUACCAAGCAAAACACGCUCUGUUUUAUGGUACUGGAGCAUCUCUCGAAUAAAACGAGCAGGGCAGCUCAGGAACAGCGGUUCAGGAACACGGAUAACUCCGAGUGGGGACCCCAUGCUGCCCAAGCUAUGUGUGACCAGACUAGAGACUUAUCCAUCUCGUUUGGUGGUGGAAAGAAGACUUUGGGAGACAUCUACGACAAGACGCCCAAGGAGCGCGUCGUCAAGGUGAUGCUAGAGGAGAAGGUGUUCAAGACCUGGUCGUCUGGCCGCACUGUUUUGUUAGGCGAUGCCUGCCACAAGGUCAACCCCUCUGCUGGAGUCGGCGCCAUUACUGCCAUGCACGAUGCCAUCGCAUUGGCCAAUCUCAUCUACGCCUUACCAUCCAACACCUCAGAGGAGAUCACCAAGACCUUCAAGGAGUACCGUGACGAGAGAUACCCACCUGCCAUUGAAGCUUACAACAACAGUCUGCUGAUGAGCAAGCUCCUCAAGGGCGGUAUCACUGGUGCAAUUGCCUCGUUUAUGAAGAACAAUAUGCCCAACUGGCUGUGGAGACUCGCGGUCAAGGGGCUGAUUAUGAACCGUUUGCAGGCUGGGUUCCUCAAGCCUGUAGAGGACAAGGGUACCGUCCCACCCAACAUCUCGCCUAGCACUGAGAAGGCUCGAGCUCUCUACAACGAGCGCGUGGGUGUCGUUGCUGCUGUCUAG